GCCAUUAUAGUCCUUCAAAACUGUGUAUCAAACGCCUAGAACAUUGAAUUUGGACUCCAUAAUCAUUGCGUUGCCAAAAUGAUACGAACAGAGACUCUUCUCGGCGAGUACAUCAAUUUCAGCGAUCAGAAUGCUGGCUUGAGCGACGCAGAACUCACCAACAAAGAGCUCAUGUUCUACGGCGCCGCGGCAGUCAGCCAUCUCUGCAAUGAACAAGAGCAAGGAAUCAACAUCGAUGAGAAUCUUCGUCAAAGUGAGCGAUUCCGAUUCAUCCGAGAACUAGAUAUAAUCUCGUCGAUCUACUCAAUUGCCCCGAUAAGCAAGAAAGCGGGGAUCAAGUCAACGCCGCCCGUCAUCGCCUGGUCUAAUCGUCUUCAGGCAGUUUUUCUUGGCUUCUGUUGCACCCGUGACAUGAACGAUGUCCGGUCUGAUUUGGACGUGCGCUUGGCAACGUCUGAUGAUAUCGGAUCGCGCUUCCAUAAGGGCUUCUGGAACAGAAGUGAGGAGUUUGUGCCGCUUGUUGAAUGGCUGAUGAGAAGGCACAAGCUGGUUGUUUGCGGCCAUAGCUUUGGAGGCGCUUUGGCGACUAUCUCGUCUUACCUAGCCAUGGUCAACCAUGAGCCGGUUCCCAAUGCCUGGGAAGAGAGACUAGGCGGCAUAUCCAUCAUCACAUUUGGAGCACCUUCGUGUAUGGUCGCUGAACCUCGAGGAACAACAGUUUCCCUUCAAAUGAACCUGAGCGGCAAUUUUCACCAUGUUAUCAAUCCUCACGACUACGUUCCCUUUGCACUUAACGAUAGCUCGAGGAAGUUCAAGCAGACCUUUGAUGCUCUGAGAACACCGCUGGGAAACCUAUCACCCACUAUCCAAAUGCUAUGGCCUAUUCUUGAGUACUUCUUAGACCUUUUGUUGCAGAAUACGGGCAAGUUCUGCCACUUUGGGUGUAUGUACUCCAUCGCGGCUGAAGUGCCAGGGAUCCAAAACUGUGUCCAGACUUUGCGGGUUAACGACAUACCUCAGAUACCCAGCGCAGGCCAAGUUGACCAAUACCACAAGAUGUCACACUAUUUUCAUUGUGUUAAGAACUUUGUCGGCGCCAGACUUACACAUCAAGCCUCAUCAGAACUGCAUUAUGCGGUUUCCGAUGCCUCAUCGAUGAUACUUCCGAUGCCUGGAACGGUGCUCAACUGCUCCUGUGUGGUUCAAAGCGACUACUUGACCGUAUCACUCGACGUCGAUACACCUGUGAUGCAAUAUCUCUUGAAAGGAGCAACCUUCAAGAAGGAUAGCCGGGAAAUCCCUCUUACCAUUCUUGGGUUUCCUACCAAGUCUGAUCACUAUCAGACUUCCGUCAAGUUGGAGUAUCGAAUCAAAGCCAAUGACCCCUUUGAAGACAUUGGAAAAGCUUCAAUCGCCAUUCAGAAAGGCAUCACCCUUCAUGAUAUCUUUGGGCGAUCUACAGACAUCGAUGUUGACACGGUACGAUCGAUGAGCCUGGACAGAGCUAGUCUGCCAGCUACAUUCGAGAGUAUCAGGUUGGCAAUGAUACGUGCGCUCGUUGCUCAGAUGUCAAAGGUCCAGGCCCUCAGAACUGAUAAUACCUCUCGCGAUGCUCAUCCCCCAGAAGAAGUCAUGGCGAUUGUCGACAACAUCAAAGCUGUUGUGGGAUGCAUAGACGGUCUGGUCAGCGAUGCUAGUCCCCAUCUUGUCUUCAGUCGCCUUGGGCAUGCAUUUACCAUCCUGAAGGUGCUUUGGCCGAAGGACUUUGAGAUUGGAUCCGAUUUCCAUGCUUCUAUGCCUGGAGCGUAUGGAGACGAAGAAUUUGACACUGGCCUUCUUCAUGACAUCCCUGCCGCCUGCCCUAAAGCUCUUAGAAGGCUUAUUACAGAUAUGGUCAUCAGCCAGAACGCCCCAAGCAUUACCCGAGCUCAGCUUCUUGUCCAAAGUUGGGAAGCCGCCAAGAGACCAACAUUAACGAAGCAAUUCAAGAAGGUACCGACAUUUGCUGGAGCGCUUGAGACAUUCAGUCAUGAUCUAUAUCAUCGUUCAACAGACCCCGCAAGGCGCACAGAGCAAGCAGUCUCCCAGUUCCAAGACGUCAUGGGUGUCAUUCAAUUCUGUCAUCUUGUUAUCAUCACUCAACUUGACGCGCCCUAUGAAUGGUACUGCAAGUCCACCGAGGGCCAUCGGAUCACCUCAGCUGCUUUGGGUGCCUUGCCGUCUUAUUUCUCUGGAGCCUCGUUAUUUUCCAGAGUCCUAGCUCUGGGGGUGGGAGCGACUUCCGCCGCUGGAAUGGGCGUCACUGGUGGUAUAGCCGUGUUGUUUGCAAGCACCAAGGUCAUCAGUCAUCUUCUCAACAAGCACAGAGAAUAUCUCGAUCUGUCAUUUCCUGGUGCUCUGGCCGUUACUUUACAGGCACUUGGCCUACCCGUCGCCGAGUCCGAUGACAUAGUGGAGAAGACCCUACUCGAUCGUGUGAAGCAGGAUAUCGCAAGCUCACAUACGCUGGAAACGAUAGAGAAAUGGAGAGUUAAACUCGAAGAGGGCUUGAAAGACUAUCCUGGGGUAAAGGCUAACCAAUGGUGCAUCACACCUACCUUCUUCUGGCCUAAGUGGCUUUUCAGUGUUGCUCAAGUCGCCCAGCUCCGAAUUCAGCUUUCCGGCAAGAUCUGCAUCGGAGUACAGGGCUCCACAGAAGCUGGUAAGAGUCAAAUGCUUACUGUUCUGACUGGUGCAUCUGAGGACUACUUCAAACCUGGCUCCAGUAGUCUUUGCAGAACUUUGGGCAUUCAAUCCUACGACUCCAGUAACCUUGGAGCCAUUUUCCUCGAUAGUCCCGGUUUUGACGACCAAAAGCCAGAGAUCAAGUAUAUGGCGGAUGUAUUCCAAGAGCUGUUCGCCAUUGUAAUCAUUGUGAUCCCAAUGGAACGAACACGAUCUGAGGCCACCGAAAGCGCCUUACGCAUAGCUAUCAAGCUGCUUUGCGACCAAGAAGAUAAGCGCCCACUGCGGAUUCUGCUAAGCCAGGCUGAUGGUCUGGAUCAUCAUCGCAACAACAAGCAGAAGUUUAGGGACACCCUACGUGAUGUCAAGGAGCAGUUCAUGUCCAGAUUCAGACAAGAGCUAGGCGAGAACUUCACUACUUUCAGACAGCAGCCGUUCCACGAUGGAAUCGUCUGCAAAUCGGAGAAGCUGGAGGAUAUCGUCAAGCCGUUUUCGACACAUGCCCAGAUGACUUUAGAUGGCAUUGGUGCGUUAGCAGAUUGUCCUCCCAAAACACCGUGUAAGAUUGAAAGAGAGAGCCACUUCGAGAAUUUGUGCGAGUUGGCUGAUGCGGGAGAGAUAUGGGACAUUGAGUCGCUGCGCUCCUGGCUUCGGGAUCUUUCACCCAGCAGCGUGCCGAUGUCGAGUGGUCGUGUGCGGACGGUUGAUCAGCCUGCGCCGACAACAGGCGUCGCAUCCCAUGAAGAAGCUCCUACGGGGCUUCUUCCCGGUCAGCAUUGGACGGAUACAGAGCCAGACCGCGACGACGACGAUGACAAUGACUCUACACUGUCGGACAAUGCUAGCUCAACGGCUUCGCUCUCAUCCGAUAUCUUGCGUUACCGAGAGAUCAAUGGACGGAGAUACCAUAGUGAACAAGGCGAUGCUCAGUACUGGUCAGUCGUCAUCUCAGCGGUCGCGGGGCACUGCCAUUCAGUCCGGCGCAUCGCAGCUAACCCGUUGUCCAGGAUUUCGAAUGACAAUCAAGCCAAUGAAGCGCUGGACAUCAAUCACCAUGUUCUGAUUCUCAUGUACAACGACAAGCUCUACAAAGCGCCGUUGAAAGACAACAUACAGGCCGUUGUAGAUAUUGGCACAGGCACAGGAAUUUGGGCGAUGUAUGACCCUCACUUACAGUCCUUAGAGCCACUAGCUUACAUUAACAGGGACUUUGCCGACGAGUUUCCCAACGCAAAAGUGGUAGGAACCGACAUUUCCCCAAUCCAGCCAGGUUGGCUACCACCAAACCUUGAAUUUCAAAUCGAUGAUUGUACCCAGGAAUGGACUUUCAAGGAGAAUUCACUUGACUAUGUACACAUGAGAUUCCUGGUCGGCAGCAUUGUCGACUGGCCCGGACUGUUCAAGCAAGCAUAUAAAUGCCUGAAGCCAGGGGGUUAUAUCGAAAGCCAUGAGGCCUCGCCUUGCAUUGGCAGUGACGAUAACUCGGUGUCUGAAGAUAGCGCUAUGGGCCAGUGGGGUAAGAUCUUUAUGGAAGGGGGCCGGAAACUGCAGCGACCAUUCUCUAUUCUCGAAGAUAAUGUCCAAGUUAAAAGCAUGAAGGAAGCAGGAUUCGUAACCAUUGAGGAAGAAGAAAUCAAGGCAUAUUCUAACCGAAGCCAGGUGCCCAUCGGCGGAUGGCCUGAAGAUCCCAAGCUCAAAGAGGCUGGUCAAUAUUUCCAGGCUGCAAUCCUACAGGACGUCGAAGGCACUCUAAUGUUCAUCGCAAACCUACUGGGGUGGAGUAAAGAGGAGAUCCACGUCUUUGCCGCCAGGUACCGUCGUGAGAUUCGGUCAAAGAAGGUCCACGGGUACUUUCGCGGAAAGGUGGUUUGGGCGCAGAAGCCACUUGACAACUAA